CACAGCGACAAGACAUCAAAGAUGAGGUGCUUUUCCAAGCCAGAGGUGGACACUUUGGUGGCUAAUACAGAGCCAGAGCUGAGGAUGGUGCUGCUUGGGAAAGUCGGAGUUGGGAAGAGUGCUUCAGGAAACACCAUCCUGGGCAUGGAAAACAUAUUCCCCUCCAAGCGCAGUCUAUCAGCUGUCACAAUGAAGUGCCAUGUGGAAAAGGGGAAAAUUGGAGAACAAGAUGUGGUCGUUGUUGAUACUCCAGGGUUUUUUCACAUUGACAGAUCUACAGAGAAUUUGGUGAAAGAGAUCAAGAAAUCCAUCUCACUUGCCGAACCCGGUCCUCAUGUGUUCCUGAUUGUGCUGAGGAUUGGGGAUAAAUACACAGAUGAAGAAAAGGAAAUGGUGGAAAUCAUUCGCAGUACUUUUGGCAAAAACGUAAUGGAUUACACUAUGGUCUUAUUCACCUUUAAAAGUAAACUGCAAAACACUGACAUAGAAGAAUUUAUUCGAUCAAAUAAAAACCUCCAUGACCUAAUCUUACAGUGCAACUGGGGAUACCAUGUUUUUGACAACACCAACAAGACUCCUGAGCAGGUCACUGCUCUGCUGGGGGAGAUCAACAAAAGGAUUAAGACACCAGGAGGAGACUUCUACACCCCAGAGAUGCUCCACAAGGCUGAAAUUGCCUUACGGAAAAAACAGCAAGAUCCAAAAGGAGAAGGAGCCCAAGCCAAGCUAGCCACCCUUCGAACUUUUGCUUUUUCUGGGAUAGCUAUCGGAUGUGUAAUGGGGUAUCUUGCUGGUGGUGGUCAGGUGACGUCCACGGUAGCAGCUGCAUUAGGAGGUGCAGCAGGUGGAAUAUUUGCAAGUGUAACAGCAGGUUUAGGGAUACUUGCCAAAGACGGCAUUGAGAAUUGCAUCACAAAGUGACUGAUUAAGCUGAUCAGACCAGUUCUUACAUGUGAAAAUAAUGUAAAGUGGAAAUCAUGGUGGUGGAGCUUGUAUUUUUUUUUUUUUUUUAUUUUGUUAUUUCCAUAUUUCUUUAACUUUUUGGUUUAAUUUCGUUAAGUUUUUCAAAUGUUGCGAUCAGUGUGAAAUUCUAUUCAAUUUUUUUUUUUUUUUUUAAUAUUGGAGAUGGCUGAUGUUUAUAGAGGCUCAUGUCUCCAAACCUGGUUAAACAAAAGUCUUUGAAUGUCCAGAAACUCGGGAUGAAGUGACCCUUGAACAGAUAAUUCUAAUACCAAUAAUAUCACCUAGUUUAGAUGAAUGGAGAAUAUGUACAUCAUUUAAGCUUUAACAUCACCACUAUGUACUUAAAACCCUAACAUCAGUACAGCAGGGGAGCGACAAUAAUAACCUCUCCUAAGGGAACGUAGACGUGGACUUGAUUCUCAGCAAAGUUAUAGCAUAUACUAGAAGAGUAGGUGUGCAAGACAAACCAAUUCUUACAAAUGAAAAUACAGGCAAAAUAAGGGAAAAUAAUGGUGGUGGACUUUGUAUAUAUUUUGUUUCUUCAGUUUUUUGUUUUUUGUUUUGCCUUUCCAUAUAAUGUUAACCAGAAGGCUGUUCACACAGUGGUCUAGUGGCUGACCUAAAUGUUAUGUUUCUAAAAUAAAAAAUAAUAUCACUGAGGUAGAUUAAUGUAGAAUGCAUAAAGCGUUUGGGCACUGACCUUCGCCUAUGCCGUUGUGAGCAUUUUUACUUCUGCGGUGGUGUGCCUGUGU